AUGCUCUCCUACCAUGGGCCUGCUCGAGCGCCCGCUGCUUGGCGCCCCGCGGCUCGACCCUCCUCUUCCUCCCGCUCUGAUCACCAGAACCAGCCCCCCGCGCGUCAUGACAACAAUUCAGCCGAUCUUGGUAUUGCGACACAUCUACGAGCCCGCCGUGCAGCUGUGCAGAGCGGACAGCGUGGUCAGCGCGAUGGCCGACCCGACGCUGAGCAGUCGCUGAGCCCGCCCCACCACCACCUCCUCAUGCGCCGGGCUCGAAUCACGCUCAAACCCCUCAAGCCCCACGUUUCGAUCCGCGACGACCUCGGCCCCCAGACGGCCGUGUGAACCCACUGCAAGGCUGGACACUGGGAGUGCGAAAGGUCCAAGUCGACCGGACACUUCAGCACGUGCUGCUCGCAGGGCAAGGUGCAGCUCCCUACCCCUCCCCAGCCCGAUCCCGAGUAUCGAAAUCUACUUGAAGGCUCGGGAAGCGGUCAGUUGUUCCGUCCAACAACAUGCGUUCUGCAGUAGACUCACAUGUUGAAUUGUGCGACCCACCUACACAGAACCUAAAGCAUUCCGCGAGAAUGCCCGGCCGUACAAUAACGCACUGUCCUUCACUUCGCUCGCUGCUCACUUCGACCAAACUCAAGUGGGCACGCUAGGGCCCUCCGUGUUUCGCGUGUUUGGUCGCCUCUAUCAUCAAUUCGGCGCCCUGAUCCCUGCCGUGAAUCAACGCCCAGCCCUUGCUCAGACAUGGUUCAUCGACCCGGCCAACACCGACACUCGACAAGUUGGACCCGACGGCGCAGAAAGUCGCAUACAAAGAACUACGUUGACCAAGCUUGAGUCCGUGUUGCGUACCGGCAAUCGUUUUGUGAGGCAGUUCGCAUGGGCCAAAGUUCGCGAAGGUUGGAAUACGGCCAAAGAGAACGCCUCUGCCUACCACCAGGCCGAGACCGACGCACCCACAACCUUCCUACGUCGAGCACAGAAAUGGCGAUGUUUGUCUGCGAUUCCGACACCCACACGGAGACCGUGGACCGCAAGACCUUAUUCUCCAGGUGCACAGUGAUUGAUACCCUGAUGGUCGGCACAAGUACCAAAUCGUUAGCUCGCUCCAUCGGUCUCCGAUGCCUCUCCAAUAUCCACUAAUUUUCUCUGCCGGAGGAGAUGGCUAUCACCCCAGCUUUCCUCUUUGCGGGUUCAAGCAAGCUGGGUCACCCUUCCUCGGAAGACCGCCACGAUGA